AUGGUUGAUAUAUUUGUAUAUAUUAUUUUUAUUUUCAUAAUAAAAACUAAUGGAUUUCUAUUUGAUGAUAAAGAAGAUCUAAUUCUUCUACCAUCAGUUGCUUUUCGAGAUCAUUCAAAAAUAUCUUCAACUAAUUGGAUAGUAUCUAAUCAAGGAUGGUAUUAUGAAGAAGAUCCUUUACAAGCAAAAGUAAUGGAAAAAAUAUUAGAAAAAACUAUUGAAAAAGAUUUUGACAUAAAUCGUAUUAAAUUAUUUACUGCUGAUGGACAAGAAAAUAAAAAGGUAUGUAUUGAUAAUUUCAAUCAAUCAAUUUGUACACAUACAGAUCAUGAAGGUAGAAUUAAAAAUACAUUUCAAAUUAGUAAAAAUGAAAUUGAUCAAUUAAUUCAAUCUGAUAUUAAUGGUACUAAAAUACUUUAUCAACAAUCAGUAUUCAAUAAAAAUAUUCGAACAAUUGGUGAAAUUUAUUUAUGUGAUGAUAAUGGUAUAACAUUUAUAAGUGAUAUUGAUGAUACAAUAAAAGUGACAGGUGUUACAUCAUCAACAGAAACACUUAUGAAUACUUUUACUGGUAGUUAUAAAUCUGUUUUAGGCAUGUCCGAUAUAUAUCAAUAUUGGCAAAAAAAAUAUAAUGCAACAUUUGCAUAUUUAACAGCAUCACCAGAUCAACUUUAUCCAUUUUUACGUGAAUUUAUUAAUCGUGAAAAAUUUCCAUUAGGUUCAUUUCAUAUGCGUCAUUUUACAUGGUUUGAUACAAAUUUUAUUUCAUUCUUCAUGUCGAAUAAUUAUAUUGAAAGUAAAACAGAAGCAAUAGAUAUGUUUUUAAAUAAUACAUUAAAUCGUAGAUUUAUUUUAAUCGGUGAUAUAUUUCAAAAAGAUCCUGAUAUAUAUGCAAGUAUUUAUAUGAAAUAUCCUAAUCGAAUAGAAAAAAUUUUUAUUCGAAAAUAUAAAAAUGAUACAAUUGGUCAACAACGUUUAGAACAAAUAUUUAAUAAUAUACCUCAAGAAAACUGGGCUACAUUUGAAAUUGGUAGUGAUUUACCAAAAGAUAUUUUUCUUGUUUAA